AGAGAGGAGUUGAGUUUGGACAGUGUGUAUACAGGUGACACUGUUUUGUAUAUAAUCGGACAUUAAGAUACAUAUUUACAACUGUAUUCUGUAAAAUGGUCGGGGUAAAAGUAAUCGGGAAUGAUUCAGAAUUCCAACCUGAGCUAGCAGCCGCCGGUUCGAGGCUUGCGGUAGUGAAGUUCACAAUGGCAGGAUGUCGACCCUGUGUCAGAAUAUCCCCUGCUUUCAACAUGUUGAGUAACAAGUACCCACACGUGGUUUUCCUUGAAGUAGAUGUACACGUCUGUCAGGCAACGGCUGCCGCUAACAACAUCUCUGCAACGCCAACAUUUUUGUUUUUCCGUAACAAAGUGCGCGUUGACCUGUAUCAGGGUGCAGAUGCCUCAGGACUAGAGGAGAAGAUCAAGCAGCAUGUAGAAAACGACCCUGGAAGCAACGAGGACUCAGACAUUCCCAAGGGAUAUAUGGACCUGAUGCCGUUUGUGAACAAAGCUGGCUGUGAGUGCCUAAAUGAGAGCGACGAGAGCGGCUUUGAMAACUGCUUAGUCAAGGACACCACCUACCUGGAGUCUGACUGUGAUGAGCAGCUCCUCGUUACGAUGGCCUUUAACCAGCCUGUCAAGCUGUACUCAAUGAAGCUGCAGUCCUCUGACUUCGCCCAGGCACCAAAGUGUGUGAAGAUUUUCAUUAACCUGCCUCGCUCCAUGGACUUUGACGACGCUGAGCGGAGCGAAGCCACCCAGACUCUGGACCUGGCGGAGGAGGACUUCAAGGAAGACGGGUUGAUUCCACUGAGAUACGUCAAGUUCCAGAACGUUCAGAGCAUCACCAUGUUYGUGAAGAACAACCAAGGUGAUGAAGAGACGACUAAAAUCAACUACCUUACUUUUAUCGGAACCCCUGUACAAGCAACAAACAUGAAYGACUUCAAACGGGUUGUGGGCAAGAAAGGAGAGAGUCACUGAGAGGAGAGGAGAGGAGAGGAGAAGAAGAAUGGCCAUAUUUCUGCGGUGAUCCCCGUCUUUCUGCCAAAGCUACUGGAUGGGUCCGGGUCAGAGUCAGCUCUACUGUAAUACAACACUGACAACCAACGAUGUGUCCCAAAUGGCAACGUAUUCCCUUUUAUAGUGCACUGCUUUUGACCCUUUAUAGUACAAUACUUGUUUUGGACCUGAUAUCCAUCCUGAAGUUUGGGCUUUGAUCCAGGAUCCAAAGACAUGUCUGAGAUCUAAAGUAGUGCACUAUAUAGGGAAUAGGGUGCCAAAGGGAUCUGGUCUAAAGUAGUGCACUAUAUAGGGAAUAGGGUGCCGUUCUGGAUGUGAAGUCUAUGAGCUGUCGUUUAUGUCCGCCAGUGAAAUCACCAAGAGGAGGCAUCUCAAUCAAUUAAUUCAAACAUUUUUAUUGUAAUUCAGACAAACACUGUAAAUAAAAACACAAUCCAAAAGGCA